AGAGAAUCGUCCCUGAGGAUUCAGAGAGAAUCCUCCCGAGGAUUCGGAGAGAAUCGUCCCUGAGGAUUCGGAGACAAUCCUCCCGGAGGAUGCGGAGAGAACCCUCCCUGAGGAUUCGGAGAGAACCCUGUCUAAGUCGAAAAAAAAUCGCAAUAUCAAUUAGGAUUAUUUAAUUGUGGAUUAUUUUAGGCGCAAGUUAUUUCAACACGUAUUUAUCCAGAACAUCCAUUCACUGGGACACAAAUUACAUUUCGCGAGAAUGUACUCGUAAUUAAUUAAAUGAUCAAAACGUUGAUUUCACGCAAAGCUAUUAAAAUGUUACUUGUAAAUAUCAAAGACUGAUUCCUCCGAAAUACUGCGCCACCCUAAUGUAACUCUGAUGUUCUGAAUGACCGCAUGCGCAUAAAAAGCGGUUGGGUUGGGAUAACUUCCAGUUAAACAUUCAGUGCUACCAGUGAAAGUGACAUCGUUUGAAACCUUAUUCAAAAUGAAAGAAAUUGUGGUAUUGCUGCUUUUAAUCGGUACUUUUGGUGAAAUAAAGUCGUUCUCUGUGCAUCUCUCGAAAAAUGAAGCUGAGAUUAGAAAUUUCUAUUUGCCCGGUGAUGCGGCUUCAGUGGAAGAGAUUCCAGCUGUGGAAUCGUUAUAUUUUAUAUAUUUUUAUGGCAACAUACUCCCUCAAAAUUUCACUGAUCAACUCCAAAAAUGCAUUCAUAUCAAAUUUCAUGGUGGAAAGGUUAAAACGAUUCAUAUAAGCCCAAAAUUAACGAGCAUUGAGUUACAAUUCACAUUAACGGAAAAUGUGAUUAUAGAACGUGGGAAGUACUAUGCGCUGGAAAAAUUUGUGUGUAGAAAUGAAAAAUUGACACGAAUUCCAGAGAACAUGAAUCAACUGAAAAAAAUGAAAUAUUUGGAUCUUAAUAGUAACUUAAUACAAACAGUUCAAAUUGACCAGCUCACUGGUUUGGACAAUUUGGAAAGUCUUGAUCUGUUUUCUAAUAAAAUUAAACAAAUUUACAAUCAUGGGUUGGCGAGUUUGCCAUCGCUCACUCAUUUAAAUCUUGCAAACAAUGAAUUGAAACAUAUUGACGUAUGUAGUUGGCACAUGCCUAAGCUUUCCCAUCUUAAUCUUACUGCCAAUAAAUUGACACAUUUCGCAAUCAACCAUUUCCGCGGGCUUAAAAAAGUCAACCUAGCUGGAAACCCACUAAACUGUGUAUGGAAAAAUAGUUUACUGAGAAACAAAUCAGAUAUGACAAUUGAAGGAGAAUUAACUUGCGACACAGACAGCAAGGUUGUCUUUGGAUUUGAUUGCCGUUUGACGAUUGAUCAGUUGCAGCAGCAGAAAGCCAAUUUUGACUCCAGGUUAGCCCAAAUUGAAGAAACAGUAUUAAACAACAAUCCACAAUUUUCUGAAUUGAGCACCAGAGUGCAAAAACUUGAAGUCGAAGUGAACAAAAGAUUCCAAAAGAUGGAGGAGCUGCUGGAAAAACUUAGCUCUAAGAUAGUUGAGCAACAAAAUGUUGCAAAUGAUAUUAUCGAGGCCAUUUAUAGAGCUGAAAUUGAGAGGACAUACAAUACCAAAAAAAAUCCAUGAGUUUUGCGAAAAAUAAAUAUGUAUCUAUGUUUGGAUUUUAUUUGUCAGUGUUAUCCUAAGCAUGAUAACAUGUUGUUACAGCCAUUUUUAAUAAACGUUCUACACAAUACUCACCUUUCUACAAAACUUUGAGUUAAGGACAAGGUAUUUGGAGUACAUUGCUCAAAAUUUCUAGAGCACCGUUUUUUAGAACCGUUGAACGGAUUUGGA